AGCUGCCCACAAAGUUUCUCAGCCAGGUGACUGUUGAGUCAGAAGGGAAACAGCACGGACACUGCCUACGCAACCAAACUGGAUACAUAAAGAUAUUUUUCAUCUCCAAGCCAAAGUAAGGUUUCACUGCUGCCAACAUGUCCGAGACAGCCGGGGAUGCGAAACCGGAGGUGAAGCAGGCGAGCAAAGAAGUGAAGGAGAGCGAAAAUGUUGCGGAAAAAUAUUCAGCCAUGACCGUGAGCAAGAACAGCGAAAUUAACAUGGGAGAGUUGUCGUCGGUGUUCAGCGCUGUGCCCACUCACAAACCAGUUAAAAAGCAAAUUCAAUUUGUUGAGGAAAAACAGGAGUUCAGCAGGUUUCCCACCAAAACCGGCCGCCGUUCCCUGUCCCGCUCCAUCUCACAGUCCUCCACCGACAGCUACAGCUCUGCUGCAUCCUACACUGAUAGCUCAGAUGACGAGACUUCGCCUCGGGACAAAACGCAAGUCAACUCAAAGGGCAGCAGCGACUUCUGCGUGAAAAACAUCAAGCAGGCUGAAUUCGGGAGACGUGAGAUUGAGAUAGCAGAACAAGAUAUGUCGGCGCUGAUCUCACUCAGGAAGAGAGCACAGAGUGAGAAACCUUUAGCGGGUGCCAAAAUCGUGGGCUGCACUCACAUAACUGCUCAGACUGCAGUGCUGAUUGAGACUCUGGUGGCUCUUGGAGCUCAGUGCCGUUGGACUGCUUGUAACAUUUAUUCAACACAGAAUGAAGUUGCUGCUGCCCUGGCAGAGAGAGGUGUGGCUGCGUUUGCCUGGAAAGGAGAAUCUGAGGAUGACUUCUGGUGGUGUAUUGACCGCUGUGUCAACACUGAGGGCUGGCAGCCCAACAUGAUCCUUGAUGAUGGAGGAGACCUGACACACUGGGUGUAUAAGAAAUAUCCAAACGUCUUCAAGAAGAUCAGAGGCAUUGUAGAGGAGAGUGUUACUGGGGUUCACAGGUUGUACCAGCUUUCUAAAGCGGGGAAGCUGUGUGUUCCAGCCAUGAACGUAAACGACUCUGUGACAAAGCAGAAGUUUGACAACCUGUACUGCUGCAGGGAGUCUAUCUUAGAUGGUUUGAAGCGAACCACAGAUGUCAUGUUCGGAGGAAAGCAGGUGGUGGUUUGUGGGUACGGUGAGGUUGGAAAAGGUUGCUCUGCAGCUCUGAAGGCUUUGGGAGCCGUCGUCUACGUUACAGAGAUUGAUCCCAUCUGUGCCCUGCAAGCCUGCAUGGAUGGAUUCAGGGUCGUCAAGCUGAAUGAGGUCAUUCGCCUGGUCGAUGUUAUCAUCACAUGCACUGGGAACAAAAACGUGGUGACCAGGGACCAGCUGGAUCGAAUGAAAAAUGGCUGCAUUGUGUGCAACAUGGGACACUCAAACACUGAGAUCGAUGUGGCUAGUCUACGGACUCCUGAGCUGACGUGGGAACGAGUCCGCUCUCAGGUGGAUCAUGUGAUCUGGCCUGAUGGCAAAAGGGUCAUCCUGCUGGCUGAGGGGCGCCUGUUGAACCUGAGCUGCUCCACCGUUCCCACCUUUGUCCUUUCCAUCACAGCCACCACUCAGGCUUUGGCCCUCAUAGAGUUGUAUAAUGCCCCAGAGGGACGUUACAAACAAGACGUGUACUUGCUUCCCAAAAAAAUGGAUGAGUACGUGGCCAGUUUGCAUCUGGCCACUUUUGAUGCCCACCUGACAGAACUCACAGAUGAGCAGGCAAAGUAUCUGGGUUUGAAUAAAAAUGGCCCCUUUAAGCCAAACUACUACAGGUAUUAGGCUGCCACCACCACGGUCCGGACCAGCCCUACGUGGAUCUGUAUAUUUCUGAUAUUACCUGUUCUCAAGAAAGAUAGACUUAUCUAUCUUGUAUUUUUCACAGGAGGUACAAGUUGCAUUUAGACGCAUCUGACGUGCUGCUUCCUAUAAACGAUGCACGUGGCACUUAGCUGGCUAUGAAAGGUUAAUGUAAUAAUUACAGCACUGGGAUAUCUGAUAGAUGUAUUGAAUGUGUUUCCUUAGCUGCUGGUUCCUGUCUGAGAGCUUUUCCAGUAAAAUGUGCCAAAUAACAGAGGGCUAGUGUUGUGAAAGAUAAAGAACUAAAAACGGGAUAAACCCGUUUAGAGAGCCAAUUUAUUAUUAUUUUUUAUAUAUGUACGUGAUUACUGUAUGAGAUUUAAUUCUGAAAAUAUGCAUGCUCUGAAUGCACCGAUUAAUAGAUCCUUGAGCUUAUUGAACCUUAAACACUUAGCAGGGUGUUUGAUUUUUUCAGUCACUUUUGUGCAUAAAAACUGUGUCAAAACUUUCUGGGAUGUGCGCUACCAUUAAAAUGAUGAGUGAGGAAUAUUUUUUGCUCAAAGUGGACCAAAUGUGAGUUAAAGUCCUGUUGCUGGACAAAAUAAGCUUUAUUUGGGUAUAUUUAGUGUGGUUUGUUUUGCAGAUGAGCCAUAGCAACUUAAAAAUAAAACUUUGUUUCUAAUAUUUCUACCACCUGGUGGCCAAAUAUAGCUCAGUGCUGCUUUAGUGUUUUUUCCUUUCACAUUUAUUCACAAGAGACAUUCCAUGAGAGGGAGAAGAAGUGCCCUGAUCUUUAGUAAUAUCAUAGUUCCUGUUUACCAUAAUGAAUAGUUAAGAUUAUAAUGUUUGUUUCAGUUAUAUUUUCAUCAGCUAAGGGCAUUUGCUUCAUCUGUAAAUAUUUUUCUUACAAGAUCUAUUUCAUCUGAUUUUCAGUAUCAUGUUUAAUCACAAUAUUUUUUAAAAAUGCCCUUUUUAUAAUGGUACUAAAUAAAUACUUUAGGAGUUUUAAUACUGUGUUAGAUUCAACUGACCUGAUAAAAGUACAUGUUUAGUGAUUUAUAUUCCACUUUAAUUCUGCAGCAGAUGGGGCAGUCUUUAAAAAGUUAUGUAUUCUUUAGACCUGUUUCAGUAUGGGUCUUAUUUUACGCAGCAGAUGGUUUUGAUCAAUUUUUUUGUACAGGAAGAAAUUUUUUUUUAAAUGCUUUGCAAAAAAAAAAAAAAAAAACUUCUUUACAGCCAGUUGUAACCAAAUCUUGCUUUACACUUUGUGUCAUCUUACAAAAUCAUCAUAACAUUUGCCUCUUUCAAACAAUAAGCCAUAACUUACUUGUUCAUUUUAUUAUUUUUGGUAAAGCUGCAGAGUUUGGUGGUUGUUGUCCUGUCAAAACUCGUUAACACAUUUCAGUUACCUGUAUCAUAUACUGCCGUACUUUGUGAUGACCGUAUUAUUGACUAUAUUACUGUCCAUUUAUGUUUGAUAUACUUUUAAAGUUGUGGUAAACAUGUGUACACAGUGGUUUCAGCCUUUAGAAAUCUUCUUCUGCAAUAAGAUAUAAUUACUGUUAUUAUUGUUUUCAACUGAUGUAAUCUUUUAAUCAGCUGAUUUGAGUCCGUUUGACCCAUUGUCUGUUGAGGAAUAACUGAGCUGCUGUGAAGUGCUUACUUGUGUGCACUGACAGCUUUAAUGGUAUUAGAUUCAGGGACACUCAAAGGAAUUGGAGAAAGUGAGUGCUGUAACCAUGGUGACUAUUGGUUGACAGUGCCUUGUGACUCAUUUGUAUUUAAAACAGAGUAUUGUUUCCUCCAGAGUAUGACAGCUAUGCACCAAAACCCUCAUCAACCCUAAUGGAGAAUUAAAAUUUUCUCCAUUAGCAUCCCAGGGUAACCGUUUGAUCUUUCCCAUAAAUGUAAAUUAUUUUACACACUAUUAACAUGUUCAAUGUUUUGAAAUUGUAGAUUUUCCCAUUUUAUUUAUUGUGAGAGCAGAUAGUUUUAUUCUUCAAUGAAGAAUAAAACUAUCUGUAAUCAAUUUAUUUGCUUUGACUAAUUAUAACCACAUUAACAGUGUUUUAUGAUUGACACAAAUGAAUGUGAAUCCCUGCCACUGUCAUGUCGAGUCCCGCUGUGAUUUAAAAGGAAAAUGUUACAUUUUAAUUAAAUAUCCCUAAAUCAUGCAAUGUCCUGCAUUUAACACAAGCUGUAGUUUAGUUUGAAUGAUUUCAUAAAUCUGCAUUCUGUUCAGCAUCUGUCCUCAAUAAAUGGUUCAUCUUGAAAA